UGUUUGUGGCUUGUGCAAAAUUCUUAGAAUUCUUGACAACAUUCCCGCGCACACAAAUGUACCAAGUGAUGCACACAUAUACACAUCGACGCGACGGAAAAAAAGUUUUCUAAACACACACAUACACACACGAAAAGAGCCAACGAACUCGUGCAGCGACGCCCAAGAAUGAAACAGAGCAAAGCAACAUGAAAAAUACAACAACGACGAGCUCGCCAAAGAAAUUGUAAACGAAGAAGAAGCAGAGGCGCAAAGCCACUACAGUAUUUUAUUAGCGGGUGUUGUUGUCAUAUACAACACAUCCUUCCUAGCUCCACGUUUACGUUCCACACAAGCAGCAAUUCCAAAGAGAUCUUGACGACGCCUUCGGAGCGGGCCACAACGAAUAUUUUUAAAUUAAUUAAUUUUUUUGUGAUAGUCAAUAGUUUGUAAGCUUUUAAAAAUAACCAAAACAUUGCAACCAAAAAAGGAGAAAUCCAAAAAGAAGAAACAGCUACCAAUUUAUACGAAUGCAUUCCAAAAUGGUUGGAGGAAAAAUGCUAACUGCCGCCCUACUGCUGGUCAUCGGAUGUCUGGAAUAUCCGGUGUACCUAGAGGCCUGCUCCAGCCGCACAGUGCCCAAGCCGCGACCCUCGAUCUCUUCCUCAUCCAUGUCUGGAACUGCUUUGCCGCCCACUCAGGCUCCGGUCACCAGUACUACAAUGCGCACGACGACAACCACAACCACGCCCAGGCCCAAUAUCACAUUCCCAACGUACAAAUGCCCGGAGACCUUUGAUGCGUGGUACUGUUUGAACGAUGCCCACUGCUUUGCCGUAAAGAUUGCCGAUCUGCCGGUCUAUAGCUGUGAGUGCGCCACCGGAUUUAUGGGCCAGAGGUGCGAGUAUAAGGAGAUUGACAACACCUACCUGCCCAAGCGGCCGCGUCCAAUGCUGGAGAAGGCUAGCAUUGCCAGCGGUGCCAUGUGUGCCCUGGUCUUUAUGCUAUUCGUCUGCCUGGCCUUUUAUCUGCGCUUCGAGCAGCGGGCUGCCAAGAAGGCCUACGAGCUGGAACAGGAAGAAGAGCAGGAGUACGAUGUUGAUGAGGAGCAUUGCGAGUGCUGCCGCAAUCAGUGUUGUCCUGGUGGCGAUGAGCCACCGCUCAUUGCGGAGCAGCGUAAGCUACCCUAUCACAUGCGGCUGGAGCACGCCCUGGUGUCCUUUGCCAUUCGGCGCAGCAAUAAGCUUUGAACAAACGAUAUGGAUGGGAUUUCCCAGCUAUAAUAUGCCUUGCCACAACAGAGGAAAACUAAACUGAUGCAUGCCACGAAUUUGUAUUAUGCUUUUGUCUGUAGUUUUUGUAAUUCCAAAAUGUGCAUUAGUUACUAAGUACAUCACUUGAAAACUGA